AUGUUUUUCAAGGCUAUUGCUCAAUUCAAACCAGAUCUCAUUAUCAUUUCUGGUAUACAUACAUUAGAAUUCCAGAACAAAGAAAUGCGUCUCGAGAAACUGCGGAUGAUCCGGCGAAAUCUUCUCCAAAUUUCGUCUAAGACGCCAAUCCAUUUCGAAUUGGGAAGUCUUGCUGAUGCUACUUUCAUGUUCGAUAUUCUUCAUAGAAUUAUUCCUCAUGUGGACUCUUUGGGCAUCAAUGAACAAGAGUUAGCGUUCUUAUCACAUGUGGCUGGUGGACCACACAUGGAAGAGUAUCCAGUACAGGCCGGUACCGUACAUGCACACAAGGUUGUUGAAAUGCUUGACUGGCUGCUUCGGACGUUUGGACGAGACAGAAUGAACCCAAAUUCAAAAAAUUAUGGAUAUCGUCUUCAGAGGAUUCACUUCCAGUGCUUAACCUACCAGAUGGUGGUAAGCUCUGGAAAUGAUUGGUCUAACCUUGCGUCGGGCUUAGCAGCAUCUUCACGUCUUGCUGGACGAAUGGCAUGCAAUCUAGCACGCAUGGAAACCGACAUGUUGGAAGUGCGAACUGCUCCAUCGUUCAUUCUUGAUAAGAAGCUAGGGAAAAUGUACCAUUUCCACGCACAUAACCCAAUAGCCUCAUGGAUGCGUGAUCAAGUACUCUUUAUAUUUACUCCGGUGCUAGUCUGCAAAUUCCCAAUGAAAACUGUCGGAGUAGAUGAUGCGAUUUCAACUACGGGUCUUCUGUACUCUCAAUUUUAUCGUUUCGAUAGUAAUAUGAAAUGGUAG